AUGUUAGAUCAAGCUUUGUGCGCAUGUCGAACGUCGCCAAAAGAAGCAAUCGGAACAACUCCAUUUCGACUGGUAUAUGGGCACGAUGCAGUGUUACUAGUAGAGACUCAUGUUCGUGCAGUCAGAAUCCAGAGGCAAGAUGAAAUACCUUCUGAAGAUUAUUGGAGCAUGAUGGCAGACGAAUUGGUCGAGUUAGAUGAGGAAAGAAGGUUAGCCUUGGAUACAUUACAGCAGCAGAAAGAAAAACUCGCCAGAGACUACAAUAAGAAGGUGAAGGGCAAAAUGUUUGCUGUCGACGAUUUAGUUUGGAGAGUGAUCUUGCCUAUGGAUAAAAAUGACAGAGUCUUGGGCAAAUGGUCCCCGAAUUGGGAAGGACCGUUUAAGGUUUUACAGGUUUUCUCUAAUAACGCUUACGAAGUUGAAGAGUUGGCACCAGAUAGGCGAAUCUUGAGGGUAAAUGGAAAAUACCUAAAAAAGUAUAGGCUUCUCCUUCAAGAGGUCAAGAUUUCGACAGGCUAA